AGCUCCGUUUGGAUGAGCCAAAAUGGCAACGUAUGGUGACGAGUCAGGAGACAGUUAUUUCUAUUCAUCCCACGGCCCCGCGGGCAGAUUCCCGCGGUGGAAGUACAAGGCGUACCUGUCCCACUGCGGGGACACGUCGGACGCCUUCAACAACCAGCAGCGCGCGCAGCUCAAGUCCAUCUUAUCCCAGAUCAACCCCAAGCUCACCCCGAGGCUCCGGAAGGCCAACACCAAGGACGUGGCGGUGCAGGUGAACCCGCGGAGGGACGCCUCGGUGCAGUGCUCCCUGGGCCCGCGGACCCUCGUGGCCUGGAAGCGGGACUCCCGGAGCCGCCGGCCGCAGGAGCCCGACAAGGCGCCCGGGAGCGGCGGCGGCGGCGGCGGCCCCGCGGCGGCGGCGGGGGGGCCGGGGGGCGGUGUGCGGUACCCGCGCACCCUCGCGGUGUACUCCCCCAUCGCCUACAGGAGCGUCACCUCCUUCCUGGUCGAUGAAAACAACAACAACAACAACAACGUCACAGAUCGCUCGUGCGAUGACGCGCAGACCGGAGACCCCCCCGCAGACCCGCCGGACAGCGGGGGGAGGCGCGGCGGGAAGAGGAGCGAGGCCGCCAACAAGACCAAGACCCAGCAGGGGGGCGACGAGCCGCCGCUCACCGCGGAGGGGUCAAAGGGCAAGGCGCGCGUGCGGUUCCAGUUCCUGGAGCAGAAGUACGGGUACUACCACUGCAGAGCGUGCAACCUGCGGUGGGAGAGCGCGUACGUGUGGUGCGUUCAGGGAACCAACAAGGUUUACUUCAAACAGUUCUGCAGGAAAUGCCAAAAGGACUUCAACCCGUACCGCGUGGAGGACAUCACGUGCCACACGUGCAACAAAGCGCGCUGCUGCUGCGCCAUGACGCAGCGCCACGUGGACCCCAAGCGGCCGCACCGACAGGACCUGUGCGGCCGCUGCAGAGGCAAGCGGCUCUCCUGCGAGAGCACCUUCAGCUUCAAGUACAUCAUCUAGGAGCCGUCCGGACAACCCCCCCAACCCAACACCUUCUUUAUUUUAUGCAACAAAUCUCAACAUUCGUUUCCAGCCUUUAUUUCACGCCAGUUUUGUGUUGAUUGGAUGAAGCACAUUUGCAAAAUAAUAAAUGGCUUCCUUGCACUCUGUAUUAGUUUUAUUUAAACUGAAAUGCUUCGCAGAUCUUCAUCAAAUAACAGGAAGGAUCUGUUUCAAAUGUGGAAUUCUGCAAGAACUGACUGGGAACACAACACCAGUAUGACUAAUGCAGCAUGUUAAGCACAAUAAAUACACAAGUCAAUAUGACCAUUUUUUCUAGAUCUUCCGUAAUAA